UUUAUUGUUGCAUUAUGCUUUAGGAGAGAAAGAAGUCUUCCAGAGUAGAACCUGCCCCACCCCUAGCACCCCCACCUGUAACUGUACCUAAGGACUAUGAUGCCUUCCCCCCGCUCCAUGGACCACCUCGGGUGGGAGACAGGAUUGCCUACAAGAUUCUCGAGAUGUCAGCAAACUACUGCCCUGAAAUUUCAUCAUACAAGGAGGCAGUAGUGACUGGUUAUGACCCAGCGACUGGUGACCUGGAAGUGGAAAUGGUGUACGAUAUCACAGCCUACAAGAAGCAAAACAAACCAGGCAGAUUUGAGAUGGACUUGGAUGUGGGAGAUCAGGAGGACAAACCAGAUAACAAGGUGACAGUGGCAGUGUCAGCUCUGGUGGAACCCAAACUGGUACAGGACAAGUGAGAAACAAGCUACCGGAUAGAUGCAGUCUUCUAGUGUAGUUCUAUAGUAGCAUAUUUCACCAAGGAUUCAAAUUCAUUGGAGUGUAUGAUGAAUAAUUAAAGAAGAUAUCUGUAAUAUAUAGUUUGUAAGGGAGAACACUUUGUGUUAGCCUUGCACUAAUUUAGCUUUUUCUCUGACAUUUAAGUACAUUACGCAAGUUCACCUUCAUCCACGGGGUGACCUAUAUCCAUUGUAUUUAAAAACAUGGUAUUUGGGGAUGUCAAGCCAUCAGAGUUACAGUAGUUUGAAAAUAGCUGCAAUAUUUUGAAAAUAUUGCAAUUUGAAACCACCCUCCUGUCACUUAAUAUCCCUUAAUACCCUGUUUUUAGAAACAAUUUAUAUAGGUUACCCUGCGGUGAUCUAGUGUUACAUUGAGCAGUUUCUCCACAGUAUUAUGGACACUGGUAUUGGACGGAAACCACCCUUCUAUUGUCAGAUGUAUCAUUUCCUUUUGAACCUCUAACAUGUUAAGUUAUUUGGGUGCCAAUGAAAUUAUGUGUUGUAUACAGUAUACCACAUGAAGGAUGCUACAGGAUAAAAUUUCAUUUUCCCGUUUCCAACUUUCAUAAACAGAUUUGCUGAAAUUGUAUUUCUGAUUUCUUUUGUGCUUUCUGUGAUAACGUACUUAUUGUUUGAAAAAUUGCUUCAUUUACAACUGUUUAGGCAAAUGUACCAAUAAAAUUACAUGCAUUCUGAAAAACAUCCA